AUGUUAGGAUACUGCGUACCACAGUGUUACAUCAAGAUAUUUUGCUUGAAAAACUUGAAUCUACCAAUGGCAGCAGCGUCUACUUUAAUUGUUAAUACUCAUUUGAGUAUCGGUGAACCGACGCACAUCUUAUUCGAUCCAGGAAAAGAAAUCAGUUCUAAAGUUUACGAUAAAAAAUUUGAUAACACGAUCGAGUGUCUAGAAUAUGUCCGCAAGAAUCAAGAUAAAAAAAUUACCGUUAUUAUGAUCUUGCGCUUAUUACAAGAUCAACGGUUAUUUGUUAAUGAAUUACAAUUACUUCAGCAAGUAAUAGCUAUUCAUCUUAUGUGUGAUAAUCCAACCUAUUACAAACCACGGGAAAAUAUUCAUCCAAAACUACAAUCAAUAACAAAAAUUACGAAUGAUAUUGAACUACAAUUAACGGAACUAAUGAUGACAAAAUGUCAAGAAAAACUGGAUUAUCACGAACGUAAAGCAAAAGAGUAUACAAAACCAGGUCAGCAUGCUUUACGAAAUAUGCAUCUACGUGAAGGAAGAAAAGAAAUACAAGCCAUGGGUGAAGAUUUAAAUAAACGUUUAAAAUACAUCAAAAAACGUCAACAUGAAUGUGAAAGAACAGAAAGACAAUUUAAGCGACAAAAGCAAGAUUUAGCAAGAAAAGACGCACAACUAUCGCAGGAAGAGUUAAUUUCAACGAUAGAGCGUUCACCAAAACAAGCAAGUGAUUAA